AUGUCUACGACGCACAUGAGCUCCCCGGCUCCCAACCAGAGCGACCUUUCCACGGCCACUUACGAGGAGAGAGACGUCCCCUCGGAGCUGGAGAGGCAAAUCCGCCUGGUGAUUUUCGGCUUGUGCGUAAUCUUCGCCGCUGCCACCUUUGUCGGAGGUGUGUAUUCCCUGCUCUCCCUCCUCCGAAUGAGGAGGAAAAGCUCCCUGUGUCUUAUCGUGGCUUCCAUGUCGGUGGACGACCUUCUCAGCGUGGUCCCCGUCUCCCUGUUCAUGCUCUUGCAGUGGGAGACAGCUGGAGGUGGAGGCUCGGCCAGUCUGUGCACUUUAUCUGGACUUCUGUACGUGUUCCAGGGUGUUUCUAGCAACAUGAAGGCUUGCCUCAUAGCAGCUUACACUUUUUAUGUCACCAAGAGAUUCGGAGUUCUUCAAUCCGUCCGCCGGCCCCUAAGAGUGAUGUGGGCCAUCGCCGGUGUGUGGGCGGUCAGCCUCGCCGUCAGCGUGUUACCUUUGUGCGGAUGGGGCAGUUUCAAGCAGGUCUCUGUCGGGUGUUUCCCAGAGAGUGACAGUUUCUACACCCUGCUGCUUUUCGCUUUAUAUUCCCUGUGUUUCUGCGCCUUGUUGUUUUUCUUCAUCUCCCUCACCUACCAGCUGCUGUGCUCCAGGGAGCCCCAGAAGACUUUACUGUACCCGGGCUACUUGGAUAUGGAGAGGGGGCUGAGUGGCUCCGCUCCCCUCUGUGAACUUCCUUCAUUUUCCAGGGACAGCCUGAACACAAGUUUCGGUGCCUACAACGAGCUGAGCCCGAGUUCAGGCGGGACGGAGCUCAGGGAGAAAGAGGCCAGCGGGGGGCUGUCCCCAGUGUCCGUCAGCGGGCAGAGGACAGCAGCCGUCGGGGACACGCCGGUUGGGUUUGCACAAAAGCGCUUCUCCAUGAUCCUGGCGCUUGUCCGAGUCAUUUUAUGGAUGCCAAUGAUGACUUUGGUUCUCCUAAGCCACGCAGUGAAUGCACGCAGCUACUCCCUGGAGACGCUGAGCUUCUUUCUCACUCUGCUCGCCCCUGUGGUCACUCCAUUAUUUGUGCUGUCUGAGCGCUGGAUCCACAUGCCAUGUGGCUGCUUCAUUAACUGCAAACAGGAUCCAACACAGGAACCCUCAGUGAUGAAAAGAAGAUUUGAGUUCAACCUUUCCUUCCAACAAGGCUAUGGAGUGUACAAGUUGUCACAUGCCACCGUGUCCCAUAACAGUCCACCCCUUGAGAAGCCUGCCUAUCACAGCCUCUUUAACUGCGACUUUCCCGAUACCCACCUUGAUGCACUGGAAAGUGGCGGACUCUCCAGCCUGGUGCCUGGUUUUGAUUUCAGCACCACCUGCCCCGUGGACAGCUCCUCUCCUGCAGACCUUCACUUGGAAGUGUUGACCGGUGGAGGAGAGGUACUGGCUGAUUGUUCACUCCCUCAUGAGAACCACGGAGAUGAUGACGACUUCCGCUGUGUCUCUUCACCUCCUUCUCACAACCGGGAGCAGGAUCACAAUCUCACUGAUACAUCGUCUGUAUUCGAGGGCCCUGAGAGGAGGCUGUCGCAUGAGGAGUGCCGGAAAAUCGAGCUGACAGACUGGGAGUGGUGCAGGAGUAAAUCAGAGAGGACACCCAGACAGCGGUCAUCAGGUGGUCUGUCGAUCCCCCUGUGCGCCUUUCAGGGCACCGUAUCUCUGCAAGCACCCACGGGGAAAACCCUCUCUCUAUCCACCUAUGAAAUCAGCAGUGACGGACUCAAAAUCUCCCCCAACAAUGCCAAGAAGGUGGAAGUGUAUCGCUCAAAAUCAGUUGGCCACGAGCCCAGCGCAGACGACCCGGCGCCAGGAGGCCAGGCUGGAGACGUGAACGUCAGCACCAUGGGGUUGGGCAUGGAGAUCGGACUGGGGAUGGGUAUAGGAGCUGGUGUGGGGGACACCAAUGUCAAGAUUCACCUUGAGGUUCUGGAGAUCUGUGACAACGAAGAGGCCAUGGACAGUGUCUCCAUCAUCUCCAACAUCAGCCAGUCCUCCACCCACGCCCGCUCGCCGUCGCUGCGUUAUUCUCGUCGGGAGAACCGAUUCGUCUCCUGUGACCUGGGCGAGACCGCUUCCUACUCUCUGCUCAUCCCCAGUGGUGGCAACCCAGAGGCAGAGACCAUCAAUAUCACUAUACCUGACACUGUGGAGGCCCAUCGGCGGAACAGCCAACGGCAGACGCAGGAGAACUCAGGGUACCGUGAGGAGAUACAGCUGCUGAAUGAGGCCUACCGAAAGCAAGCUGGGGAGAGUGAAGAGUGA